AUGUGGAAAGGAGCCAUUGUUGCUUAUGUAAUUGUGGCCUUGUGCUACUUCCCCGUUGCCCUCGUCGGGUACUGGACUUUCGGGACGACAGUAGAGGACAACAUCUUGAUCACGCUGCAGAGACCUGAGUGGCUGGUUGCAACGGCUAACAUGUUUGUCGCGGUUCACCUCAUUGGAGGCUAUCAGUUUUAUGCCAUGCCAGUCUAUGACAUGACUGAUACUGUGCUUGUGAAGAAGCUAAAGUUCAAGCCAACUUGGUAUCUGAGGUUUAUUACUGGGAAUACUUAUGUUGCUCUUACGAUGUUUAUUGCCAUCGCGUUCCCGUUCUUUGGCGCUCUUGUCAGGUUCUUUGGAGGCUUUACAUUCGCGCCAAACACGUACUUUCUUCCCUGCAUCAUUUGGCUUGCCAUCUACAAACCAAAGAGAUUCAGCUUAUCUUGGUUGGUGAAUUGGGCUUCAUCACAUGUCCACCAACUAGUAAUGCCGUCGGUUCCAGUUCCGAAAAAAGUUGAUGGUUUAAAACUGGAAGGUAAUGUUCUAAAGCAAUCAUCGGUUUUUGUUGCUUUAUUACUGAUUUUUCCUAGUUUUAGGCCAAAACCGGCAGUUACAGCUCAAAACACUCUAGAAUCCGAGCCAGACCAGGAGAACCGGUAUGCCAAUUCUAGUUCAGCAAAGGCAGUUCUAGUUUGA